UGCAGGAGCAAGUGCCGCGUCCACUUCCUUGUCUUAGCCCGGCCACAGGGCACUGAGGGCAGCCUCUGGGCCAGCGGUGAGACAGCAGCCAGCCUGCCUUCUGGGCCCCCCCACCCCCACCCAGAAGGUGGCAGCAGCCCUAGGGAGAUCCGCCCUCCCAGAUCCGCUGAGGGUGCCAGGACCCGCGAGACCUUUGGAGACCACCUCCAAGAAAGGAGCAGGGCAUCUUCAGACCCUCCUCGGUACCGCCUUGCCCAGCCUGGGCACUAGUCAGCUGGCAGACCCCGCCUGCCUCCGCGUCACUCUGCCGAAGCCCCCUGGGAAUUCCCAAGAGGCUUCUCCCGGAGGAGGUGACCAGAAGGCCGGAGGCCGGGGCCCUGUGGGCAGGGCCAGGGGCCUCGUCGCCUGGAGGGACAGAUUGGGCCCGGUGUGGCCUCUCUCCUGCUCAGCCUUUGCGAAGGGACUGCGGCAUCCUGGAUCGCCUUCCGGAUUCCCGGGGCAGCUCGGAGGCGCAGCAGCGGGCAUACUGUUGCCUCCGGGAGCUGGGCAAGAUGCUGUUCGGGGUGAAGGACAUGGCUCUGCUGGAGCACGGGUGCCAGGCUCUGGAGGUGGAGAGUCACAAGUCCCUGAUGAUUCUGGGCAUCCCCGAAGACUGCAACCAUGAGGAGUUCGAAGCCAUCAUACGGGCCCCCCUGAAACCUCUGGGCAAGUUCGAAGUGGCUGGGAAGGCCUUUGUGGAAGAAGAGAGGUCCAAGGCGGCCAUCAUUAGGCUGGCGGAGGACAUCGAUUAUGCCGUCGUCCCCAGGGAGAUCAAGGGCAAGGGCGGCGUGUGGAGAGUGGUCCACAUGCCCCGGAAGCAGGAUAUUGAGUUCCUGACCAAGCUGAACCUCUUCCUGCAGAGCGAGGGCAGGACCGUGGAGGAUGUGGCCCGGGUCCUGAGGCAGGAGCUGUGUCCCGCAGAGACGGGCCCCAGAGAGCCACCUGCCAGAAAGUGCCACGCGCCUGGCUCCGGGGAGAAGCCUGGGGCUGGGGCCACCGCCGGUGCAGACACGGGGCCGCCUCUGGACUCCACGGAGAAGCCGAGCAAAGCUGGAGAUGACAAGAGAGGCAAGAAGAAGCACAAGAGAAACCGGCGGCGGCACCAUGCAUCAGACAAGCUGUGAGGUUUUCUGGAAGAGUUUCCGGAGCAAUGCAAGCAGUUAUGCAAAACUGUUACCAUUUGAAGCCAGUUAUCUGUGAAUCAAGGUAUGCCUGGUGCACCGAGAAUCCUGAGUGAAAAUUCCCAGCGGAAGUGGACUUGCAGGCUGAGAGAAGCCGGUGGCUGGCCUUUGUAAACCCCCAUUUUCAAAAGUGGGUUCAGUGACAACUCUUCAUUGUUUUCUGUGGUUCUUGCUCUGUUGUACAAAUAUGAACUUAUAAAAUAAACGUAUGCUAAUACAAACACA